UAGUCCGCAGUCACAAUUCGGACGUUCGGCGGUGUAGGCGUCGCGCCGCUUCGAGUGUUCGUCGCGCGAUCUCUCCGGAGAUAGAGAGAGAGAGAGAGAGAAAGAGAGAGAUUAUCUCCGGAAGUAGCGUCUUCGGCCGCGUAAUUUCCUUCGUUCUUUCCGUUCCCCGGCGCACUUAUCCGCGAGAGAUAUUCAAGUUCCGGCGAGGUUAGACGUUCGAACCGUUGCUGCGAAACUGUUUCUACGACGAAACUUCUCUCACCCGACGAUCCGGCAUCCGUCGCUGGUGGGUUUCUCGUCGCGAAGUGAAUCUAGUAUUCGCGAGUGCCUAAAGUUUACCUUUUCGAGACUCCCGGGAUUCUCCGCGGAUGUAUUCUCGCGCGAGAAUCCGCGAUAAAGCGCGCGACUUUAAGCUACGCCCGGCCGGCGCGUAUUAAAGGGAGAUAUGCCCGAAGCGCCGACGGCGGCGUCGACUGACAGCCGCGGCGGAGCAGCUGCUUGUUGUUGAAACGUCAGCGGAGCGACGCGAUAGAUUUUCUCUCUCUUCCUCUCGGGCAAGGAGAUGCGAGAUCGUCAGGGCGAAUCCACGUAGAAGCGUCACGCGAGAGGAGAGACGCGGGUGUGUUUCGUACCGAGACGUUCCUGUUCGUUCCUGCUCCGAGAUGUAGCUUGUCGUGCGCGCGGAUCCCUCCGUUCGCUUCCGCGAAGGGAAGGCGCCGAUCAUCAUCAUCAUCCACCGUCUUCAUCAUCGUGCCGUGCCGUGUCGUGUCGUGUCGUGUGCUCCUAUACGUUUGUACUCCGUUGAGGUUAUGGUGCUACUGCUCGGCCGCCUUCUUCCCGAGAAGUGACGUAGGAUUGUUGUCUCCCGGAAAAACACAGAGACGUGAUGUGUGCGGGAUACUAGGUGGGAAAGGACUUCAUCCUCUUCUCCCGCGUCCGAGAUGACGGAACGUUGUCUGCCGGACGCGUUCGACUAGUCGUCACAGUGGAGUUCUGCUUAAUCGCAGCCUCGGGAGGGGGUGGUUCGAUGUUGGUCCCUCCCGUGGCCCAAGGUGGGACCGGCGAUCGUCCCGUGGGGGACCCGGUGGCACGGGCGCAGCAGACGACCGGCACCGCCGCCGCAACGACGACCCUAUGGCCUUUAGCACCUGCGCAGCCCAAUCAGGUUCCCAAUCAACAGGCCCAGGGCAUACCAUCCCUGGCCGCCACGCCUGCGCCCGCUCACAAUCAAGGUGCGAACCGCUACGGACUGUACUCGUUAUUCCCAGGGGGUGGCGGGGGCAGUUACGUCGCCGCCACUCCUGCCACCCCCGGGCAACCGACGCCAGCACGAGCUUAUCACGCGACGACGCACAAGGAACGAACAAUUUCAGAGAGCGUGUUUUCCGCGGCGGUUGGGGUCGGGAUGGGCGGCUACACCUGGGGCGCUCCCACGCCCCCGCCGGGAUCGCCCUACAGCCCCGUGCCCGUGACGCAGCUGGAGCUGCUGGCGAAAAACUUGGCGAACCUGGCGCCCGCGGCGGCGGGCCAGCAGGCCCUGAGUCUGCAGGGUGUCGGGGUUAACGUUGCCGGUAGCCUGCAUCACGCCCAGCAUACCCAGCACACUCAGCAUACCCUCAACCUCACCGGGCUCCACCAUCUGCAUCACGGCGGCCUCCACCAGAACGCGUUCUCGCCCCAGCUGUCCCUGGUGACCGGCGGCGCGCCGACGUUGACCAUCAACAGCUUCUCGUCACCCAACUCGGCGAGCGGGAUCGCGCCGACGACGGGUGUCCUUCUGCAGGAGUACCAACCGCCGAUAGGCGCGACGGCGACGACAGGAUGCAACGUCACCGUCAACUCGGGCUCGUCCUGCCUGACCAACACCAGCAGCACGACCAGUGGCAUGCUGGUGCACGGCGGUGGUGCCGUCCAAGCCGCCGCCGUUCAAACCACCACCGCCGCCACCACGGCCACGAAGAAGCGGGAGGCCUUUCUGCCCAGUCAAGGCCAACCGGUGAAGCUGGAGAACAAAUCGACCAGGACGUCGUGCCUCUGCAGGAAUAGCAAUGGAAAGACGAAGGUGGUGCAUUCGGAGGUGGGUUGUAGCAGGACCUUACCUGUCGCUUCAUCUUGGAACGGACAGGACAGCAAUGCGGGUGCCAACAAUAGCGGUGCCAAUCUGACGGUGAAGAGGGAACCCUUGGCCUCGGUGCCCUGCCAAGUCGCCGAGGUUUCCACGUCUCUACACGCCACCACCACCUCCGUCAAGAUCGAGCCCGUUCCACCCAAGUCCGAGAACGGGAUAGCGGUCUCGAAUGCGGCUGCCGGUGGCAUACCGGUCGGCAUCGCUGUGGCGAGACAGCGGUUGCAACACCAGGAGACUUCGACGUCUAUGCGCAACGUGUCCCUAAGUCAUCACACGUCGCAUCACGCGACGAGCUACCAUCAUUUCCAGCCGGACAGUCUGGGCUCCAGCACGGCCAUGGCGGUAGGCGGCACCACCCUGGUGCACUGCGGAGGGCCUGGAGGGGAGGAUCGUGCGGCCCACCUCGCUGCCAUUCCCUCCGGGGCGCUCGCGCCCUCGCUGAGCCUGAAUUCCAGUCUGAAUUCCAGCCUGAAUUCCACCCUGGGCAGCAUCGGCGGCGCACCGGCGGCCGACACGGCCGCCACCGCGUGGCCGCCCACGCUGUGGCAGUAUCCGGCUGCAGCGGCCGCAGCGAUGCCAACGGAGCCGGUAGGCUUUCCGCAAAUGGGCUCCGGGCUACAGGGCGGUUUGCAGCUGGUCCGCGAUCCGUCCGGGCACGUGAUCCUCAUCCAUGCCGCGGAACAAAUGCAGCAGGCCGUGGUGUGGCCUAAUUAUCCCAAUCACAACGGUAACGUUGCGCCGCCGCCUCUUCUGCUGCCGCCUCCACCUCCCUCGAUACAGCUUUUGAGCGACAUCGGCGGCGCGAGGCUGGUGCUGACCGAGAACAAGAGGAAGCAGCAAAGCGCGCUUCCCAUCGUCAAGAUCGAGGCGGAAUGCAGCAACAGUCCCACCACCAUAAUCACGUCGUCCACCGAGUCGUCCAAGACGGCACUGCAGACUAUGACCUCUGUGACCGGCGCCUUGGUACCGGAUGCCGCCCUGGUCACCACGUUGCACUAUUAUCCACCGGCGCCGGCGUUGGUGCAGAUCAGCCAGGCCGAGCCUACCACGCACUGCAGAUCGCAGGCCACGUCGCCGGUUUCGUAUCUGACGCCACCCCCGGAAGUGCCGGCGACGAUUCGCGCCAUCGAGCCGCCGUCGUUCGGUGUCCAGGACGCCUCGAAUCAAACGGAUGCGCCCGAGGAUGCCGAAGAUCUGAAACAGGAAUCGCUCGUUAAGCAGGAGCAGAAUCCAAGUCCCUGCCAGGUCGCAUCCCAGUCGAAUCUGGGAAAUUUCGAGAUCGCGGCACCGCCUCCGUCGACGGAGAGAAUCUGCAACGUCGUCAGAAUCACGACGACCACAACUACGAUGAAUCCGACCGUCUGCGGCAUCGUCGCCAAGGUGGAUAAAGCGGAAAACACGAUCAUCAACAUGGCCGAUUGCGCCAAGUACUCGGCCAAGGACGGUAGAGCGAUCGUCAAGGCGAUCGAGCCCGACGCUGCUCGGACUGACGAGGAGAUCUGCAGGGAUGACAAAACAUCCAUCUGUAACAGCAGGGCCGGCAGGAUCGGCGCUAGAAUCAUCGAGAUCACGGAAGAGAACUGCGACAGCUUCCACGAGAAUCUAGAGUUCUUCGCGAGGAGGAGAGACAUCAGUGUGGAUCAACGCGAACGUCACGAUAGUUAUCCCAAUGAUGAAGAGAACGUUGCGCAAGAGUCCAAGGUUCAUGAAAAGAUAGAGGUCGAGUCAAAGAUUAUCGACACUUCGGAAAAUGUCGAAAUUCGCCGUCAAAUGUGCACCAAAACAUCGGAGCCGCCAAUCUUCAACGGAUCCAAGUUAAACACUGUCGAUUCCACAGAAUCGUCGAGAAUCAAUUGCGACAGUAGCGACAAAAACGUCACAAAGGACACUUCGAACGGUGAAAUACGGCCUCAGAUCACUGUAAAGUCCUUCGACAUGCCCAAUAUCGAUUGCGAUGAUCAGGAGAUCGCGCCACAGGUGGUCGUCAAACAGGAGGCCGACGAGAGCUGCUACGAGGUGUGCUACGAGCCGUCCCGAUGCGAGCCGACGUCCACCAGCGAGAGAUCCAGGCUAUCUAGCUGCGAGAAAUUAUCACCGGAGGCGACGAAGAAGCACGCGUUGGAGAAAUCCCAUCAUCCAGGUAUCGAGAACGUGGUGGAGAAGCUGAAGAAGAACGCGGCGGCGCUGCAGGAGGCGGCGGCGCUACCCGCCGUGCAAAAGUUCGACGAGUCCACGGAGAGAUCCAACGCGGAAAGCGUCAAAUCGCGCAGACAUUCCGAGACGAUCCCGAAGAAGCUGCAUUUCUUGAGAUCGUGCCAAAAUUCCCUGGAGGGUAGCGUCGAGGUCUCCUCCUCUUCGCAAUCCACGACGUCGGAGCGGCACGUUCAGGACCAAUCAGGACAGUAUGCGUCAUCGAUAAAGGAUGACAGGCACAAUGAUGAUGGCGGCAGAUCGUGUAAUAUAUCCGGCGAGACUUGCCUGCUCGGUGACAACAACAACGACAGUAGGAGUAACAACAACAACAUCAAGGCACUCGAAGACAAGAAACUGUUCGCUAAAAACGAAAAGAACAUUUGCGAAGUCACCGCCUAUGUCAAACCCAAGACCGUUUGGCGCUGUGAGGUGCAGCCAAUCGAAAAGCCUCAGACAGCUUGCAAGCUCGAGGACGCGUUCUCGGAGACGAAAUCCAGAAUCGAAAGCCAGCAAAAGCCGCCCAUUGACCUAAGCGGUCUCGAGUUAUUGUCGAACAGCAUCGACCAAUUGGAACGAGUCGGUCAACCGGAACAACCGCAACCGGAUACGGAACCGGCCGAAAAGUCAUCUGUUAGAGGCAAGCUGAUGAGUCAGCAGAGCGAGAAUAAUAAUAAUAACGUCGGCAGUCCUCUUGGUUUACUCUGUGCGUUAGCCGAACAGAUUAUGGAGGUGGCCGACAAAGCUCCCCGGAAGCUGAAUCUGGAAAGUUCGGAGGAGAUCUCACAGGCUGGUAGGUUACUGUUGAAUCUGGGCAGAGGUCCAGAUUAUCCCGAGCAAGAUGGAAGCAAGAGAAAGUAUCCUGAAGGCGACGAUUCCCAUCAUUCCAAACGAUCCAAGCUCAAUAAUCACGAAGAACAGACUAGUAAGAAUGCAUCGUCACCGAAUCAUUACGACGAAAUUAUCGAGAACAGGACGGGAAAACAGCAGGAGGAGCUCACGCUUCGAAGGAGGUCGAAAGAAGUUAGUAAAGACGUCGCCAAAGAUAGGACCACGGAAAUUAUGAGGAAACAGCAGGAAGAGGCACUUCCAAAAUCGAAGGGGAGCAUCAAGUGUGAUACUUCCCUAGCGAAAGGCAAGAUAACGGAAGCUGCAGGAAAGCAGCAAGAAAGAAUCCCUCUGAAAUUAAGAGACAUUAAACGCACCCUUGACUUUUCCGAAGAGGAAAUUCAUAGCGCGAAUAAAAAAGUCAGUAAUUUGGAAGAUCAGUCUCUCGAUAGGGAUUAUUACUCCAAUCAACGUGGCACAAAGCAUAUUAAAGAUCUCCAAGUUUCCUCAGACGAAACAUUCGGCAAUUCGCAAAAUAAUGGUGUCCAUAAUGAUAAGAUUGGCAAAGAAAAUGAUUUUUCAGAAGGUGAAGUAUUCGAGUCGAAGAUUCUUCCUGAUCAGUCAGCGAGCUGCGACAUUGAAAAUCGCAAGGUAUUCGUCGAAGAGAGAGACAGCCAUGAUUACAAAAAUGCACGGAUGAAAUUAGAGACGAAGAAGUUCAUUACCAAAAAGGGAAGUUGUGAAAAUGAUGAUGAUGACUGGCCAAACAUGAAUGCUACCGAGUUGGACAUGAGAGUCCGGAUGGCCGACAUCCAAAGGCAGUACAGGGAAAAGCAGAAAGAGCUCUCCAAGCUGAUCCCCAAGAAGGACGAAAAGAAGAACUUUAGCAGGCCGCGGAAGAAGAGUCAUUCUUCCACCAGUUCCGAGCAUGGAAUAUUAUCGCCGCCGCCUGCGUUGGAUUCUAUGAACUCCCCGUUGCAAAAAUCACCAUCAAGGUCAUCGGAAUCGCUGGACGAUAGUGCACCUCCACCGUUGGCCUCGGCCGUCCUGGCUAUGCCAAAAUGCAACGUGAAUCUGGUAAAACUCGGCGAGCCCAGAAGCCACAUAAAGCUUCUGGAUAGCAUCCCUAGCAUCCCAAUAUCUGUACCGGUGACAUCGCCGAUCCCUGGUUCGAGCAAAGCGGCACCAGAGGAUGACGAAAAAAGUACAGGAAUGGUGAGUUACGAUACAUCAUCACCUGCACCAACUGUCGCGAGCUUGAGCUCCGCUUCCAAGAAGAGAAAAGUAGGACGACCGAGGAAGCUGACGUGCACGUCGGGCAACGCCAGGCACUUGACGGAGACGAUUGUCGCCAAGAAACCCAAGAGCAAGAGUUCUCUAGUGGGUUACGUGCUGUCUUCAAAGAGUAGACAUCUACAAACCAAACAAUGCAUAAACAGUAAGACCGGCUAUACACCGUUGCCGUUCAAGUCUUCUUCUGGAGUGUCUCUUCCGAAGACGCAAUCUAAGACACAAAAAGUCACGAAAACGAAGGCAAAGCCGGCGAAGCAGACUCCGCUGCACAACAAAAACGUGAUUAGCUCGAUUAUCGCCGAGAAAGCGAAGCUGAGCCAAGAAAUGAAGCUUGAGAAGCAUGGCAGUAAAGUGAAACCGAAGCUAAAAGCGGAGGUAAAGGUGAAAAAUUGGGAGGAUGACGAAAACGAUGCGGUACCAUCCGAAAACGUUCCACCCGAAGAACCCGUCAUUCAAAAACUCGUCGAGGAAACGUCGGUGGUGGAGCCGUCGAUAGAGCCUCCAGCGGAGCAGCCAUCGGAGAAAGAGCCGGAAAAACCGCGCCACGACAAGUCGAAGAAGAAGAAGCGAAAGUCCAGUUCGUCGCAGUCGCCGAGCCACGACCGGAAGGAAUCCAAGCGUCGCAGAUCCCUGGAGUGCAAGCAGUGCGCCGCCGCCGCCGCAGUCGCGAGAACCAGUGAGACAAGUAUCAUCAACAAGUGCAAGCUGACGGCCGCGCAUCUGACCAUCGAUCAGCUGCGCGUCCUCAUGGCGAUCGGCGGCCUCUUCUACGCGGGCAGACUCAGUGCCGUCCAGGCGCCGGAUGUUUACGCCAUCACGCUGGAUGGUGAACGGGGAAACAGGCCGCAUAUUCACUCCCGAGAAGAGAUCCUGAGAGAUGCGAUCGUGGAAGUGUGUCCGACCUCGACGAAAGAGCUACCACCUGGUACAAGAUUGUGUGCGUAUUGGAGUCAACAGUACAGAUGCUUGUAUCCGGGAACCUCCGUGGAGCCCAUCGUACCUGAUCCGGUGCACGAUGAGAAAUACGUCACCGUGGAAUUUGACGACGGAGACAGCGGUAGCAUCAUCUUGGACGACAUCAGAUUAUUGCAGCCCAAUUAUCCUCUCGUAGAAUACGAUCCGAAUCCUCUUCUUUCAUUGGGCAAACGACGGCGACAAAUGUCCUCUUCGGAAGAUAAACGUUCCUCCAGCAAUCAAACCGUUUCAAUGAACGCAGCAGCAGACAACGAUAAUUUCGCGAUGUAUUCCAACGUAAAGGAAUCCGUAAUGAAUACCAGCAGUGAAACCAACGACCCGGAGGUCGAUACGAUCGAAAGUACGAGUAGUGCGAGCAGCACGGAGUACUUCAGGAAAAAGCAUAUGAAGAAAAUAAAGAAAAUGAAGCGGUUGCUCGAAUCGCAAGAGGGGAAGAAGCACAGGAAACACAGGUCCCACAAGGAGCACCGUAAGCAUAAACAUAGGAAACAUCGAAAGCAUAAGCACAGACAUCACAGCAGCUUUGGUGACACGAGUAGCAUGAGCAACUGGGAAACCAGUCAGGAGCAAAGGAACGAGGAUAAAGCGAUGAACGCAGACUUCUCGAGUACAUCCGGUACAACUUAUCCCGCCGUCAAGGAGACAACGAGAUUAUUCGAGAAGGAUGACGAGACUGAAAGCUCGUUAAUGACCAUUCAGGAAGACGAUGAGACUCAAGCAGAAUCUGAGGAGCCGUCAGAUCCAAUCCAAAAGAACGACCUGGUUUAUGAAAUAGUCUCCAAACCGCCGCCAGAAUCGGUCAUCCAACAGGCUCGAUUAAAAUCCGAGGAACCGUCGUCGGAAGAGUGUCCGGACACUGAAGAAUCGUCGGAGGAUGUCCAGGCAAACAGCCAAUCAUCAGAUACCCAGGAGGAUACAGAAUCGUCGGAGGAUGUCCAGGCAAAUAGCCAAUCAUCAGAUCGCCAGGAGGAUACAGAACCGUCAGAAGAAACCUCAGAAGAAACCUCAGAAGAACCGUCAGAAGAAACCUCAGAAGAACCGUCAGAAGAACCGUCAGAAGAACCAUCAGAAGAACCAGCAGAAGAACCAUCAGAAAAACUGUCAGAAGAACCAUCUCCGAAGAAGAUGCGGAAGACAACGAUAAAGCGCCCGCAACGCGCCAACGUGUCUAAAGUCCGCUCCAAGAUAGGUCGCGCCAAAAUGAAUCGCGCCUCCAAGACGGAUUGCAUCCCGACAACUUCCGCGACGACGAGAAACAGAGCCUCGACGACAGUUCCCGCUUUGACGAAUGGCUGGAAACGUGCCUCGAAGACUCGCGCCGUCGUUCAAGCGAAUCUUGCCGCCCCGUUGAAUGCUGUCGAGACGCCCAGUCCGAUAGCCCGCAUGUUGCCCAACAAACGUCAUUGGAAAUGGGCAAGCAAGCCUCGCGUAUUAGGCGGAAAUCAAUUUUUCCGAUGCAUAGAACGCGGCAAAGAGAAGAUAAAGAUAGGCGAUAGCGUGCUAUUUUAUUCCUAUCGAAAGCCACAUGAGAAACCUUAUAUCGGCAAGAUCUCGUCGCUGUGGUUGAAUCAGAAAUCGGAGAUGAGAGUCAAAUCUAAAUGGUUUUAUCGUCCCGAAGAGCUGCAAGAACCUUGCACCCUGGAUCCUCCGGGGGGUCUAUUCGCAUCGAAGCAUGAAGAUUCGAACGACGUGCAGACGAUUUCACACAAGGUGAUGGUGUUACCGCUCGAGAAAUAUAAAAAAAUACUGCAAACAGAGAGGAGACGAGGAUACGACGACAACGAUCCUUAUUAUUACAACGCUGGUAGCUACUCGCAUCCAACGGUGACCUACGCACCUGGAGUCACAGCUAUUCCACUCCAAGAAUGAGAACCGCUUAAGCUGACGAUUAAGUUAAGCAAGAUUACUUAAUCGCGGUCAGCCAACGACAACUCUCUGCGAAAUUUUCUAAAACAAAGAAAAAGAGAUAAACUUUGUAAGCUUAUGCUGACAAGAGAAAACAUAGGCGAUAAUAUUUUUCUUCCCAUUACAUUUUAUUGCGAGAGCGCUGGUCAGAUUUAAAUUCACAAGGCACAAGCAUUACUUUAUUCACGAGGAUACUUGGACGAUUAAAUUGUCCGUCAGAUGACAAAUCCAUUCUACUCGAACUAGUGUCCUAACUUUCACCGAUUUAACAUUAGUUGUAUCAUACAUUUUGUGUUCAUUUUUCUCGUAAAAUACUCUACUGUAGCUGUGUAAAAAGGUAUCUUUAAUUGUCGCGAUACAUAGGAGACGAAAAAAUCCCACGAUGAAAACUGAAUAAGAUCAUUUCAAGAACAUGUAUAUAAUAUUGUUGCUGAAUGCGCGCGACAAGUUCGAUAUAAAUCUCGACAAACUUUAUAGCCUGUAACUCUUUCGACCUAACAACUUCAUAACAAGCAAUACUUGUGCCUUGUCAAAAAGAAAAAAAAAUUUCUCAUUGAAUGCGGUUCGACUACCGUUCAUUCGAUUUCUACGAAUCAUAAUUGCGCUUACAUUUUGCGAGCGGGCGAGAGAAGGAGGAUAUGAGCAAAAAGAAAAAAAGAAAAAGUGGAUCGAUGCAAUAAUCACACCAAGUGGCAUUAAACGUGGAAGUGAUCGAGAAUAAGAAUUUAUUUAGUGUACAUAUUUUUUGUAAAUACGACUUUAAGAACGUGUGUUUAAUCCUUGCGCGCACACGACUGGUUGACGUAAAACCGAAAUGUUAAAGCGAAAAAGCGAAUUAGAUUUGAGUUUAUAUACAGCUUAUAAAUUUUAAGCCGUAAGCUAAUGACCUGAGUAAGAUAUGCUGACGAACGUUAACCCGAAAAAGGAGAAAGCGCAUACACGUACAUUUUCACGCUCGAAUGUUCCAAAUUUUUUUUCUUUUAUUAACUAUUAAUAACGUAACGACGCACGCGAAUGUACGAUAAACGAGAUAACAUAGAUUCGCUGAAACGAAAAACGCAGAUGACAUUCUUUGAGGACACAGCUUAUAGAGAAUUAGCGAUUUGUUGUAAUUAAUAUGACACGUCAUAUAUUUUAAUAAUCGUUAAUGUUUAUUUGACUUACAUGUAAAUCAAAUAAACAUUUGCAUAUUUUGCAGCCGAAUAUUACAUUUGAAAUGUCGCAAAGCAUAAAGAAAUGAAUAGCGAAAUUAAUUCUAUCCAAGCUCUCGUAGAAAAAUCAAUUAUGUAAAUGACUUAGCUGGUUGCAAAUAAAGUUUGAAAAAUUGUCCGAGCGAUAUGAAAGGUCGUUUACGCCGACGAAUGCUAAAUUAAAGAAACGGGGUUUUCUUGAUGAAGCUUAACGAGAGACGUUAAAAAGGAAAACUUACGCAAUACCGUAAUAAAUUGAUAACGUAAAUGAGAGGCUUCUCUCUUCGAAGAGAUAAGUGUGGCAUUCGCUGUCUCUUCGAUGAGAAUUUGUACGAUUUGAUAUCGAGAAAUUUCAAUUUAUAAUCUCCAAUAAUCUAAUAGUUUUUUAGCUUCGAUUUUUCUCUAAAGUAAAAACGGAGUUUGAUCCACUUUAUAUCGUUUAACUGCUUUUCGUCGACCUGCGAGCUAUUUAUAUGCUGUGACAUAAUAAAAUAUAUUAUUCGUUGCAUUUUUAUUUGCCAUUUGUUAUAGUUUCUAGUUUCUAUGCGCAUCCAUGCUUUAUCUCGAAUCUUUCAUGAGCUUUCGUUCCUUUGACGCUUUUAUCUAAUGUUCAAGAUAUAGAAGGAAAAAGUUACAAUUAUUUCAUUUCUCCACAAGAUCAAGUCACUGUAGAAUUGUAUAGUUUUGAGAUUAUAAUUUUUAACAUUCA